AUGGGCACCGUGAUGCCAAGGUGCUGGCCAGGCGGCUGCCUGGUGCUGAGGCCCCACGCUGUGGAGGGGUGUGGACAGCAGAGCCCACGAGCGGCCCCACGAGUGGCAGAACCUGCUUUAACCCCUGAUGGCACCGUGGAAGUCCAGGCCAGCCUCCAGUCGCCGUGUUCCCUUGAGCAUUUUGCAGGGAAACGCCAGGGCAGCCCUGGGCCACUCAGAAUGCGGCUCGCCUAUGCAGUCCUUCAGAAAGAGGCAGUUUUGCCUGUUCAAGGCAGCUGUGAGCACAUGGCCCCCAUUUACAGCAGCAGAGAAGAGGCUGCUGGUGUCAACCUUGUGGUGUUGGCCAGCUGUGCAGUUCUCUUCGUUCUCUGUCCCAGCCCCAGGCCGCACAGCGGGCCCUCAGAGUGUUCCGUCCUGAGCACCCGCAGCUGCCAGGCCCCGGCUCACAGGCUGGGCCCUCGGACAUCCCUUCCGCUGCAGUGUGGACAUACGGGGUGCCUCUCCUUGCUCUCUGGGAGCUGGAGAUGCCCAUUGAGUGCCCUCCAGGCACAAGGACAGCCCAGCCGUCAGCUUUUUUAG